UAAUCCAUGUUUUGGCGCAUGCUCUGAUCUUUUGAACCGACUCAAGCGAACAAGUGAUCGCCGUCUUCAAUCUAUCUCUCUCUCACUCCGCCAAUGGGCGGCGAAGCACCUUAUGAACAGCAGUGGAAACCAUUCUGCUACUAAAGAUUAGAGGGCACUGAUUCUGUAUUCAGGCACACAAAACCCUGGUUAGGGUUUAUCAGAGUUUUUCGUAGGUGGUACCUGAAGCCUCUCUUCUUGAGAAGAAGCACUGAGAACGAAGUUCAAGUUUGCUCGAACCUUCCGAAGGAACAAUGCCGAAGGUUUACGGCACUGGAGCAUAUGAUUUCAAGCGGCAUCGAGUUGCAGAGUAUCCGGUCGAGUUGGCCCCUGAAAUUCCCGAAAGGCCACCUGAGCAGAAACCCGGAACGAAUCUGUCAAAUUCCAUAACUCUAGUAGAGAUCCAACGAGAUCGAUUGACGAAGAUUGCUGCUGCGAAUUGGUCAAAAUCCGCCGCGGAUCCUUCGGAGCGAGCUCCGUUUAAUCCUGAGCUCGUGAAAGAGAUUUACGAGACAGAGCUUCUUGUUAAAGGUGGCAUUAAGCCUGUUCCUUUGCAGAGGGUUAUGAUUCUGGAGGUCAGUCAGUAUUUGGAGAACUAUCUAUGGCCUAAUUUUGCUCCUGAGACAGCGAGUUUCGAGCACGUUAUGUCUAUGAUCCUCAUGAUCAAUGAGAAGUUUCGGGAGAAUGUUGCUCCGUGGACGUGUUUUUAUGAUAGGAGGGAUGUGUUCAAAGGAUUCUUAGAGAGGACUCUUCGGCUUAAAGAACAGGAGAAAGCAUCAAGUAUCGCAGAGAAGACCAACUAUUUGCUUUUCAUGAUUAAUGCCUUUCAGGUAUCUGCUUUCCUAUGAUUAUUGUACAUAACAUAUUCAGUUUUUGGAGUUACUGAUCUGUAGCAUGUCUCCAUUGACAAUUUAAAUCUUCUAGUCACUAGUAGUAUUACAUGUCAUCUAUCUACAUUGUUUGUCUAGAUUUUCUAACAAAAGGAGACACCCUCUUUAUCACCAUUCAAUUUAUUUCAAUUUGUAAUGCAAUUGUGAUUAUGAGAAUCAGCUGAAACUUAUUCAAAACUUGAAAGCAUGUGCUUGGCAGGUCAGAGCCAGUCAUAUUCUAAUACACGUAGUUCAUAACUGAUUCAUCUUGCUAGGCCACUAUUUGCAAUGUAACAAGCAGCUGAAUAUGAAGAGUUACUUAAAGAUAGCGUAUAGAGAUUUUUGGAACAGCAGAAACCCCAUUGUUUUUAUUUUCUUUUGAUUAUGCUGCAAGAGAUGAAACUGGGGAAGGUGGAUUUCAGGGUGGCAUUUGGAAUAGCAUGUUCUGAAUUGGUAACUUUUUUUCUUGGGGGGGUUUGGACUGUGAAUGAGGUGUUCUUUGGGGCAUUUUGUCUAGGAUUUGGGAGUGUUAAAAUCUAUUUCUCUCUUGCUGUUGUUUGAUUUUAAAUUGAUUUAUUUUUUUCUGGAAAUGUUUAUCUUAAAGAAAUUUUCUUAUGUUAGUAGGACCAAUUGAUGUGAGGUUAAAAUAGAGGAACUAGAAAUCCAGCAAAACUAAGGUUGGUGGAGGUGCUUAUUAAAGAUUAAUCUGGUUGAGAUGGAUUUGCAAAACUUGGUUAGAAGGGUCGUAAUGGGGAGGAACCACAUUGAGUUUUAUCAAUUGUUUUAGGUUUCUUUUGAAGUUUGGUUGGGUUAUGAACAUAAACUCUGAAGGAUGGAAAUGGAAUAUUAAGCAUUUAGUAAUUGAAAAGAAAAAUCAUCAUUUUGCCAAAUAAGAUGCAACAUCAAUUCUAUGAUUCUCAUCUUCCCCUUUGGUAGAUUUUUCAUCUUCAGCUGGAUUUGUUGAGAAGAUUGAUUAUCUUUCCAGUGGGACAUGUAGCUGAAAAGUGUGUCUUUUCCACUACAUGUACAGCAAGUGAUUUCAGAUUUCAUCUGUCCCUCUCUUGCUGCUUCUGAUCUGUAGACGCUUUCUACGUCUCAGUAGAUUCUUAGAGCUUUACCCUACUUGUGGAUUCUCUAAUUCAAGAGUGCUGAGGUUUUAUCUCAAACUGCUCCACACAAUCACUUUUUUUAGACCAUUAGUAUGAAGUCUGCUUAAUAUGCAGUUCUGAGCUCAAGAUGUAUGAGUUCAUUACUAAUUUUAUCCAUUAGUUAAGUAAUAAGGAAUCAAUUGUUACCCUGAUUCUUCAAGCAUAUAGUUUGAAAGUUGAGAGUAAACUCUUCGACAGGUCUUUCUUCUUGCCAAAAGUGUCUUUAGCAUAGUUUUCAAGGCGUCGUCUAGGCGUCGAGGAGCUCCUGCUGGAUGACCUCCGUGCCUAGGUGCCGCCUAGUUGCCUUGACAUCCAGGACCACUCCAACACCUUGGGUCACCUAGAUGCAAUGACAACUAUGGUCUUUAAUUUGAAGGAACAAAAUGAAGCCAUUUCUUACACAUGAAGGUCCAGUAGAUAUAAGUUCUAAUUUCCUUGAAGCACACCACUAUAUAUGAUCAAUCCACUAAGAGCAUACCCUAAAAGAUCUUGGAGCAAUCAGAUGGACUAUUUUCUUUUUCUGGUAUGGGCUAAUGAUUAAAUGCUCUCAACUUGUAAAACUGAAUUGAAUAAAGUAUCUGGAUCAGAACUCGAUCAAAUUGAGGAAAUUCGGACUUAGAAAGUAACCAUCAGGCUACCUAUUGGUGCCUCAUAUACUGAAACUUUCCAUUAUGAUCAGCAACCAAUUAAGAUCUUCCGUACUCCACCUGGGCAUUGUUCCCUUUACGUGUAUGAUUUUGGCUAUACUAGCCAUUAAGAACAUCCAUCAGUUAAUUAUGCUCCAUUACCUAACUCUCCUCCUCUCUUGCCCAGUUGCUCGUUAGAUCUUCUUGUACCUUCAAAGCCCUUCAUGAGAGUAUUCAAUUGAAUUAGCAGUUCACUAUGCUCACAAUGGUUGCAAUGUAUUGAUUGGAUGGGUCAAAUAUUAUACAAUUUGGAGAAAUUAUGGCUACAACUUUUAGUUUUCUUGAUUAGGGUCAGUAAUGAUGCAGAUACGGCUGCCCUUUCUUGGUUGGACCAGCAUGACCGGCUUUGGAAGCCAAGAGCCAAGAAGAACGGGUCCAGCCCAGGGUUUUGGUCCAACAAGGGUUGGAAAUAAAAUUAGUAGUUUACUUAGUAUUUUAUUUCAUGCUUUUAUUUUCCACACUUGGAACGUAGGAGUAUGAUUUAUUUCCUUACUUUGGUUUCCUUUUUAUAGUUGUUUCCUAGUUUAGGCUAGUUUCCAUUUCAGUUAAGUUUCUAAUUUCAUGUUCCUAUUUUCCUAUAUAUUAGUUGUAAUCGAUUGAAGAUUUAGAGAGCAA